UAUUGCACUUCGACAUGCCCUUGUCCAAACGAGCUCUCUGCCCACAUGCCCCGCGGCGCCGCCACCCGGCAGGCGAGUGGACGGGCUGCGGCCUCGACGAGUUCAUGUGUUCCUCGGGCGACCAGUGCAUCCCGAAGUCCCAGCGCUGCGUCCUCUCCACCGACCCUCGCCACGGCUGCGCGGACGGCUCGCACCUGCUGGGCUGCAAGGAGCCCAGUUGCCCGGCCGACAUGUUCAAGUGCCACUCGGGGCCGUGCCUGGAGAAGUCCCGCGUGUGCAACCAGUACAUCGACUGCCCCUACACUUGGGACGACGAGAACUCCUCCACAGAUCAGAAGUGCCCGUUCCCUUGCUCGAUCCAGGCCCCGCAGUGCCAGUGCCAGCACCUGGAUGCCAACUGCUCCGGCCUCGGCCUAAGGGCCUUCCCCGACAUGGACAAGGGCAUCAAUCGCUUUUUCUUCUCGGACAACUUCCUGAACGAGACGGUGCACAAAGAGCCCAUCAAAGGACAUGACAACAUCGUUUAUUUAGACUUGGCGCGCAACCAGAUCAGGUACUUGUACAACGGAACCUUCCAGAACCUGUGGCGCCUCCGGAUCCUUGAUCUGAGCGAGAAUCAGCUGACGAUUCUGAGCGACGGCGCCUUCACCGGCCUGAGGAAUCUCAGGACGCUGCAUCUCCAUGGCAACCAGAUAACAACUCUGCGUUACUACGCAUUUUACGGCCUCAGAAACUUGCCAACUCUGGACCUCAGCAACCAGCUUAUUCACUCCAUUGAGCCCCAGGCCUUCGUGGGGCUUAGGAACCUCACUACACUGAUCCUGGCUAACAACGUCCUUACGGUGGUGGAUGACGCAGCGUUUUCUGGCCUGGGAAACCUGAAGAAGUUAGUCCUAAGACACAACGCCCUCCAGAGCCUCAGUGAGCAGCUGUUUCACACCGUCCCUCGGCUGGAUCACCUAGAGACGGACGAGUUCCGGUGGUGUUGCCUGGCGCGGGCCGUGCACACGUGCCUGCCGGCGGCCGACGAGUUCUCCUCGUGCGAGGACCUCAUGUCCAACCUGGUGCUCCGCGUCUGUAUCUGGAUCCUGGGCUUCGUGGCGCUCGUCGGCAACACCUUCGUCAUCCUCUGGAGGAGCAUCUAUUCCAGCAAGAAUAAGAUGCACUCGUUCCUGAUCGUAAACCUUGGGCUGGGCGACCUGCUCAUGGGCGUGUACCUGCUGAUCGUGGCGGCGGUGGACGUGCAGUACCGCGGCGUCUACUCGGCCUACGAGCUCGUGUGGAAGAACUCGUUCCUGUGCCAGUUCGCCGGGUUCAUCAGCACCUUUUCCUCCGAGCUAUCCGUCUUCACUCUGACAGUCAUCACCGUCGACCGCCUCAUCACGAUCAAGUUCCCCUUCGACGUGCUGGAGCCGAGCGUCAUGCGCGGGGUGAUGGCGGGCGUGUGGGUGUGUGUGGGCGUCCUGGCAGCCCUCCCGCUCUCCCGCUUGGACUACUUCGGAAAUUUCUACGGGCGGUCGGGCGUCUGCCUCGCCCUGCACAUCACCAACGAGAAGCCCGACGGCUGGGAGUACGCCGUCUUCAUCUUCCUCGUGCUGAACUCCGUGUCGUUCACGGUGAUCGCCGUCAGCUACGCCCUCAUGUACGUGGCGGCGCGGGACACGCAAUCGGCCGCACGCCCCAGCACGGGCGGCGGCGUGCACGGGGUGGACGCGCGGGCGAGCGAGGGGGCCAUGGCCACGCGCAUGACGCUCAUCGUGGCCACCGACGCGGCCUGCUGGCUGCCCAUCAUCGUGCUCGGGGUGCUGUCCCUGUGCGGCAUCGCGGUGCCCAGGAAGGUGUUCGCGUGGAUCGCCGUCUUCGUCCUCCCGCUCAACGCCGCCGUGAACCCGGUGCUGUACACGCUGUCGACGGCCCCCGUGCGGCUCCGCGCAGGGCACGCCUGGCGGUCCGUGCGCAGCACCACCAACAGCAAGAGCAACAGGAACAGGUCGAACCGCACAGGGAAGUGGUGCUCAUCCUUCCGGAGUCGCCUGAACACCGAAGUGACCGAUACGCCCCCCUUCAGCGACCAGCGGCUUCUCAGCUCCAAGGUGCCCAUCUGUGUGUACACAUCAGUCCUCCCACGAGCCACAGAGCCCCUCCACUACACCCAUAAGAUCCUGGACGCAGGCAUGGAGAACACCGCUUCAGGGCGAGGCGACACAACUAUGAACUCCAGCGAUGGGGGAAUCCUCAUGCCUCUCUGCCCGAGGGACAGCAGCACGCCCGAGCCCAAGGAAGAACCAGGAUCGCUGGAACUCGUCCCCUUGGAAGAGCUGACGACACCCCUGCAGCCCUCCUCCGCCCGUAGGUCCUCCAGGAGACACAGCAGGAGGAAGAACCACUCUGAUCAUCGGACUCGUAAGGCUCGACCAGAAAAUGGAAAUAUAGAAACCCAGAAAAGAUAAGAAAUGAAGUGCACACAGAAGCUCGGAGGACUUUUGCCAAAGCAUCUGCCAAGCAGUCUACUAUUUGUUCAGCUCUGGUUAUACCAAAUAUAAAAUCCUAAGAUAUUACCAUUUUUGGUGGCAUUUCUUUAUCAAAUGUAAAAACCUACAUCAUGUCUAGAUUAAUAUAUUAUUUUAUUAUUUUCAGUAAAUUAUGUGUAAUACAUUCCUAUCAUGUUAUUUCCAGUAUGAAGUGUAUAAGCAAUGUAUGUGUGCCAAUGUAUAUGUAACUGCAUAUUUAUCUACACAGACUGGCAUAAAAGCAACAGUGUGAGAGAAAAUAGCAAAUAUAAAUAUUUUAAAAUGAGUGUAUACAGAUUUCAAACCUUUUACUGCUUUCAUGGAUCUGAAUUAGCACCGCCUUCUCUUCUCUCAUAAUUGGCAUCCUCCCUACAGCCUUUGCAUCUCUGUGUAUUUCAAGGUCUCCUACUUUGAAAAAGAAAAGAUAUUUAUGGGCAACAAUUCAGUAAUGUGGAAUAUUUAUAAAUCUUCUCCAUCUCUAUUGCCCUUCCUUCACUCAUCAUAUAAGAUUUCAUAUCAGUGCAUUAAAAAUUGCAAUCUUAUUACAUAGUAAAUCUUCUAAAGAUACAUAUAACUAUUCUUCCUCCAUAAAGAAAGUGAUCUUUCUAGUCAAUAUACAGUAUUAGUAAACAAUAAAGCAAUAUGCAGGCAAUAUGCAGCAGCUCUUUCUGCAUAAACUAGAAGGCAGCUGUCAAAUAAGAUCUUUCUCAGAGAUACCUAAAAAAUGAAGACAGUUUAUUAGCCUUAGAGGCCAUAGCCUAAACAUGCUUCAUACAGUGCUUCAACAAGAAGUAUUUCAUCAUGUGCAUCAUAUAAGAACCAAGACAUUGAUACUGUAAUACUGACUGCUUUAUUCAAGUUAGAAAAGCUCAAUUUUCAUCCAGGCAAAUGAGGAUUUUUUUUUUUAUGAAACUGAAUUUCAAACAUCAUCAAUAGUUGUUGCCAUCUCUGCAUGGCAGCAAAACCUCCAAGCUAAAGAACUCAUGACCAUCCAAAAAGUAUGCCUGUAUGUUGGAGGCAGCCAUAUCUAGAGUUAUCAUAAUGUAAUUUACUACUGAAGAAAGCAGUUGUAAUGUUGUAUCAUACUAUUUAGUUUUGCAAUUGGCUAAAUCAUAUGUAAGAAUCUCCACUGACUGCACUAAUGUAUCAUGUAAAUUAUGAUUUUUUCUCUGAUAUUUGAUUGUAUACUGAAAAGAUUAUAAGUUCUGAGCUUUCACAUCACAGAAAUGUUCUUGAUAUAAAAUAUAGCAGUAAAGAGUAAAAAUUCUGCAAAAAGAAUAGGCUACAUAACCCUUUCAAACUCUAAUGUUGUAAAUUCUGAUUAAUUUGUGAGAGUCUAUUUUAGCUUAAAGAUUUUAAAUUGUCUCACAAGCUAGCCUAUUCAGGUAUCACAAUUUUCUUACCUUACUUAGUAAAAGGCCAUUUAUUUGCAUUAGAUUCAACUCUAGACAUUUUUACUUUCAUAACUGAUAUGACCUUUAACAUUUCUCAGGAAAAUAUUGCUUUGAACCCUUGGAAAUGCAUAAAUAAAAAGAAAGGCCUUCACAAUUUGAGACAGAGCCAAGCGCAGGCCUCUCAUAUAACCACAUCCCAAGGCCCAUACCUAAAAUUAGCACACUAGACAAUAACUAAAAGCAAACUUCUUAUGUGUACAAUGAAAGUUCCAUAGUAAUUAAGUCUAUUUUAAGAAUGAAUGGUCCCCAUAUUUUACUGUACUUCUCUGAACAGACUAUACAACACUGCCUGCUAACAUAAUCUAUUCAUCAUACCUAAUAAACAAUAAAAUACUGGAUAUUAAAUAUAUAUGUAAAUUAGAUGUGAUUAUCUUUUCUAAAAGCACCUUUGUUUCUCAUUUGUGGUCUUGUCAGUAGACCCAUAUUAAACUACAAAUAAUGAAUGGUGCAAUGCAAUCAACAACUGAUGAUAUUGAUUUUUUUCUGUGACUUAGAAUGGAAUAGAUGUAUUAAGGUCUGCUAUUGUAUUAGAACAAAGAUUUGUGAAUGUGAAAUGUUUGUACUGGGUAUUUGUAUGUACUGUGUCUUACUAAUAUAUGAAUAAGUAUUUUUCAAAAAGUAUCAUGCUCAUGUUGGUAACUGUGCAUAAUAAUUUUUCCAGUAUUGAUUUUAAUAUAUAAGACUCCUGUAUCACUCCUAAGUAAAAAAAAUAAAAAAAUCUGUAACCUUAAUCUUCAAAAUGUGCUCAAAUUUUUAAAACUUAUUUAAGAUCCAUCUAUUUCUGUAUAUUAUUAUACACAAUGCAAGAGUUUUGUUACAUAUUUUUUUUAAAUAUCUUGUAUCAUCUACAUCAAUGUUAUGUAUAUCAACGAAGAUAUUGCAUACCUAUGAGUGUGACUAUAAGACUAAAUGUAUAUCUUACUAUCUGUGUGAAGAAUCAAGACUACUUAAAUAAAUGGUGGACAUAUCUUGCACACAUGAAGUUCUUUACUUUC